AUGGUAAUAGCGAAGUUUAAACCAACACUCCGCCUGAUUAACCUGUUUAGGAAGUCUGAAGGGUUGAGAGGAAAGUCAUUUUCACUUAUUUGGCGGUCUGAUUCUUAUCCAGGCCGUAGGGAAAUGUCUUCCAGUGCGGUGGAGAACCUGGUGGAUUCUCCUGAGUUUCAAAGCGUCCUCACUCCUGAACUGUUUACAGUGGCUACACCGCUUGAAAAGCAAGGAUUUGAUGUAAGAAUAGUUGGAGGGGCAGUCCGUGAUAUCCUCCUGGGCAUUAAACCAAAAGACGUAGAUUUAGGUACGAAUGCGACUCCAUUAGAAAUGAUUGAGUUGUUCAAAAAGAGCAACAUUCAUUACAUCGAGACAGGCUUACAACACGGCACCCUGACGGUUCACGUCAACAAGCAUAAUUUUGAAGUGACAACUUUGCGAAUUGACGCUGAAACCGAUGGAAGACACGCUAAAGUGGAGUUCACUAAUGACUGGAUGGUAGACGCAGAGAGGCGCGAUUUGACCAUCAAUGCCAUGAGUUUGGGUCUCGAUGGCUCGCUGUAUGACUAUUUUGGUGGAAGAGAUGAUUUAUUGAAGCGCCGGGUGCGAUUUGUAGGUGAUCCAAAGCUCCGUAUACAGGAAGAUUAUCUGAGAAUCUUGAGAUAUUUCCGUUUUUAUGGUAGGAUAUCCUCAGAAGAGGAUAAUCAUGAUCCAACGACAUUGAAUGUCAUACAAGAAUGUGCUGAGGGACUGAAGAAGAUAGCUGUGGAACGCAUUUGGAUAGAAAUCUCCAAAAUCCUAACGGGAAAAUAUAUGCCAAGUCUGGUAAGAAGAAUGUAUGACCUGAAUGUGGCGCAAUUCAUUGGUGAGUGCCUUAAGUCACCUCUCUCUACACACCAGGCCUCAGUUGUUCAAAGGCUGGAUAGCACUAUCCACCGGAUAAAUCACCAUCCAGUGAAUAGUGCAAUUAGUUUCCCUAAUAGUUAUCCACUGGAUAGUGAUUUAUCCUGUGGAUAGCGCUAUCCAACGUUUGAACAACCGGGGCAUGGGGUGCUCUGGAUUCAAGACACUUGAUACAUCCGGUGGAACCUGUAAAAUAACAAUGACGUAACAAGGGAAUGGGAAAUAUUAGUUUUGCUUUCCUCAUAAUGGGGUUCAUCAUGUUGGCAGUCAGACUCCCUGAAAGUUUGUUUUGUUUGGGCCAUUGUUCAGGAGGGAAAAUGAACUUUGUUAUCUCUGGUAUGUUCAAGAGGCUUGGUGGUCCAGUGGUUUGUGCUUUGGAUUCCAGAUUGAGAGAUCCCAUUUUGGACCUGCAGGGGUUAUUGUGCUGUGGGACAAGAUACUCUCACUUGACCCUGGUGUAUAAAUGGGUACUCGCAAAAUUAGUGUUUGGAGGGAAGCACUCCCUAAUAUGGUUGACAUGGUUGUGUGCUGCUGAACAAGCUAUGGUUUUCUUGGUCUUGAAUCUUAAACAGGGUAUACAAUUUCGCUAUUUAGCAUCUUGAGCAUGGUGUCUUUUUAGAGUGGAAGACUUGAAAAGAGUCUUAAGGGUGAUGAUGAGCAGUCUACAUGUGUGGUGCCCACAUUUUUUUCCAAAAAGCAAAUUUCAUGAAGUUAGUUUAAAAAAUUUCUUAAUUCUGUAUGCAAAGCAAAAUGAAUGAGGGUCAUGAAGUAAGGUCUCUUGUCUUAAACAUAUUUUUAGCCUGUGAUCAUUUUCUCCUUAUUUCUCUAUUAUGUCUUUAAAAAGCACUUGAUUGCGGGUUAAAACAGGGUAGCAAAAUGAAAAGUAUUUUAAAACAAAUUAAAAAUUUGUCUUUUUUAUCUCUGUUAAUAAUAAUAUUAUCAGGUCUCCCAGAGUACUGCGAAGAAAGCUUUCAAGAGUUGUCCCGAGCAUGGAAUGAGCACCAGGCCUAUCCACUGCAGCCAGUGACACUGUUGUGUUCCUUGGUCAAGACUGUGGAUGAAGCUGAGCAUCUAACACGUCAAUGGAAGCUUUCCAAUGCAGAAAGAGCCUUAGGUAAAUUUAUCACUGAACACAGGGUACCCAAACAACAUGAACACCCCCUGAAGCCAUACCAAGACUUGAUAGUCUCAGCACCCAAUAUCCAGACAAAGAAUGUGAUUAAAGGCCAUGUUGUGGAGCUGCUACACUACCAAGGACGACAUAAUCUUGCUCAGGAAAUCAACAACUGGGAUGUUCCAGUUUUUCCUAUCACAGGAGCUCACUUGAAAAAGCUUGGAGUAAAACCGGGGCCAGAAUUUGGCAAGAUGCUGGGAAAACUGAAAGAACUUUGGAGGGAUAGUUAUUAUACUGCAAACGAAGAGGAUUUAUUAGAAAAAUGUAAAAUUUUCAAAGAUAUGUAG